AUGGAGAACUCGGCCAUCAAGAUCCUGAUCAUGGGCUCAUCGAAUGUCGGAAAGACAUCCUUGCUUCAGUGCUAUCUUGAUCCCGAGUUCGGUCUUGGAAACCCGGCGUCUACCAUAGGCACGGUGUAUAAUAGUAGGCACAUGCGAGUGCGCGGUAUGACGUACCGCGUGGAUCUGAUCGACACCGCCGGCCAAGAACGAUUUCGCGCGCUUCCGAUGCAUUUCUACCGCGGAGCCCACGGAAUCAUCUUUGUCUACGACCUGGCCAAGCGGAAAACGUUUGACGAGUUGGAGGGCUGGGUGGCCCAGGCGGAGACCAAUAUUGUUCCUGGAGCAGGUGACAGUGGCAUCGCGUGCCAGUACGGUUUCGUUGGCAACAAGCUAGACCGGGCGACCGCGCUCCGAGCUGUGAGUACGGUAGAAGGCACAGAGUUGGCUCGCCGGCUGGGCCAAGGACAUGGCAGCGACGGUGAUCGUGCCCUCUACUUUGAGACGAGUGCAAUGCUUGGCCAGAACGUGUCUGAGCCCUUUGGCGCGCUUGUGGACUCCAUCGUGGCAUUGUUACAAGCGGCCAGUGUCGUGGCAGUGCAUAGGCCAAGGACCACGGUGCGGCUGAACCGCAAUCUAAUAGCCGCAGGCUGGGAUAAUGGCCCGAACAGAGGACAGAGCAGCACAAGCCGUUGCUGCUAA